CCGCCAGGCAUUUUUCCAAUGGAUCACAACGCUUUGGUAUACAUGGCUAUCGCCUUGUGCUACUUCAUGGUGCUUCAGGCACCAGUCGUCCAGUCGGAGUGCUGCGUCGAUGCAAAGAAAAUCGACUACACUGUGGUGGAUGGGACAUGCGCAUCGGCAGGGGGAAAAGCAUCCGAUAACGGCAAAUGUGUUAUCACCAUAUGCGGCAAUGGAGAAGCUCUCAGAGGCACUUACUGUGGCAGAGGAUCAUGCAACGUGCUCGGCUGCAAUUGCGACGGCGGUUGCCUUGGCUCUGGUUGGGAAGAAACUUUUCUUCAAAACGCAGCGCAGUACAAAGUUUCCCUCUUGGGAUGGUCAUGGACAAGUCUAUCUGCAGCAGAGCGAGUUUAUGAAGGAGGAUUGAAGAUCUUGGACGAAGCUAAGAUAAAUUGCCCGACUAGAAGAUACCCCGAGCCUUCCAGCUUCAUCGUAUAAUAAUACAGAAGUUUCAAGCGUCUAUAGUCAAGUCGGAGUGCAUAGUGGUGGAUGGGAGAUGCUCAUCAGCUGUGGGAAAACAUCCGAUUAAGGCAUUUGUGAUAUCACCAAGCAAAAGCGCUCAGAGGUACUCACUGUGGCAAGAGAUCGUGCAACACGUUCGGAAGAACGUUUUCUCCAAGUCUACCAAAAGUACACAGUUGGGAUCUUGGCAUGGUCAUGGAUAAAUCUAUUGCAAGCAGGUAGAGUUUUUGAUGGUGGGCUGAAGAUUUCGGCCUCGGUUAGAUUUAAAAUUUUAAAUAUAUGUGAUAAGAAGCAACGAUAUAAUGUGACUUAAGC